UAUAAAGGCCUUUCACCUCAGAAUCACUCGGUUAGUCACAGGCAGUGACUGGAAUCAGCGUGAUUCAAUUACCCCGUUUACGACCGCCUGAUUACGUCAGGAAACAACCUAUUACAAUAUUAAGCAAUGCUUCACUGGACAGAAACAAGUAUAUGACAACGUUCAACUGAUAAAUAGAAGGAACAAAGAGUAAAAGUAAUCAGAUUGGCGGUGUCAUGUGGUAAACAAUUUACUGUCAAAUAUUAUUCCUGCAAUAUUUAUGUCUCUUUUUGUGAGUUAGUGGAGUAAGAAAACUUCUAAUAAUGAAGUAUUAUUUUCUCCUUUGAAAAAUUUGCUCAUUUUGCAUCUUUUAUGAUUGCAAAAUCGUCCUACUGAAUCUCACUCCGAACCGGAAUGAGCGAUACUAAGUGUGGAGGUUUAAUAUUAGAUACUAUAGAUCAACUUAGAAAACGAAAAGCUAGACCAGAUUUAGAUAGAAUUUGUCAUAUGCUGGAGCGAAAACAUGGAUUAAAAAGUCCAGCUGUUAACGAAGAAUUGACAAGAUUAGUGAAUGAAGGCACUGUUGUGAAAGUCGACUACAAGGGAAAUACUAGCUAUCGUAACGCUGCUAAAUGGGCCAAAACUAAAACGCAGUUUUAUGGAAGUUUCUAUAAUUCUUCUGAUAUUUCAUCUGUUGUGUUAGAAGCUGUUCGGGCGUUAACCUUGCAAUCUAAAGAUCAGCCACCAAAGAAAGCAUCCAUUCAAGACAUCGAGCAAUAUCUGUUGAAAAGAGACUCGCAAUCGAAUUUGAAUCUCGCUACCUUGCGAGCUAUUUUGGAAAAAGAAGUUGAGAAACGAAAUCUUCAUCAGUUACCGAGUGGAGAAUAUGUACCAGUAAAAGUUCUCCCAGAUUUUACAAGCAUGGGCCGAAAUUCUUCAGAGUUUAAAAAAUAUGAUGGAUCACCUAAUAAGCGUUUAAAAUCUGAUUCUGACGCUGGCUGUCAUGAGAACUCAAGUAAUUCUAGUGAAGAAUCUCAACCUAGUCGGUGUGAAUUUUGCUCAAUGACAGCUUAUCCAAAUAAGAAAGGGGAGCCUGAAGAUUUGUUAGUAUGUCGAGAUUGUGGAACAAAAGCUCAUCCUAGCUGCCUAGAGUAUACUAAGUUAUUGUAUGAAGAAUUCCCUCAGCCUCAAAACUGGCAGUGUCCAGAUUGUAAAACAUGCCAUGUAUGUGAUGAAACAGGCACGGCUGAAAACUUAUUGACUUGCUUCAUAUGUUUUAAAGGCUAUCAUUUAAAUUGCCAUGAUCCCAUAGUGCCAAGUAAACCCACAGGUACUUGGUUGUGCUGUACAUGUGAUACAUCUGUGGACAAAGAAAAACAAAAAAUUAAGCCAAAAGUUAUAUCAAUUGAAGAUUUAGAGGCCAUGUCUGCUUUGCAGCCUUACAAAGAAGGUUUCCAUAAAAGCCUGGAACAAUAUCCUGCAUUAAUUCCUGUUGCAAAAAAAUGGUCCAUUGAAAAUGUUGAGACAUUUUUCAGAUUUAUUGGAUUUGAAGAUGAAGCUCUUGCUUUUAGAGAGCAAGAAAUAGAUGGUCUUUCCCUACUACUGAUGAAAAGGAAUGAUGUUCUGACUGGAUUAGGUAUCAAACUUGGUCCUGCUCUUAAAAUUUACAAGCAUGUUUUGAUGUUGCAGUCACGCAUUGGAGAUAAUUAGUUCACCUGUUAUAAAACUUCUUGUCAUUCCUGAAACCCUAAUGAGUAUAUCUAUAUUUGGAGGAAAUUUAGUCAAUUUUUUAUUUCAAAUUAUUACUCCUCCUUGAGAAAUACAUACAGUUUUUGUUCCAAUGACAUGCAUAUUGAUUUUCAUUUCAAUACUGGUAGCUUCAAUGAAAGCCCGCCCCAAGCUCUCCCUUUCCGAAAAGUGUGUUACUCAGCAAGAGCAUUAUCUUUAUAACUUAGGCACACAUUUGAGCUAGUCGUGUUGCUUGAUCCUCAGAUCCUAUGACCAGAAUAUCCUCUGCUACCAUGCCAUUGUCAUUGCAGUGUAUUUUGAGCAAGUUGACCACUUGUAUAGUAGCAAUUUGAUAGUCCACUUACGCUAGUAGUCAACUUAUAAAAGGGAAAUUUGCUUGUUUUCACAUGUUUAAUGCUUAGUCAUUAAGGUCAAGUUGGACUGAAGGUCGCUUAACUGGUUUCACAGUAUCAAACUCUAGUGGUACCAAACCAAGCUGUACAUUAAACUUUUGUUGACCAUUGAUGAGUUUGAAAAAUAUUCACUUAAAUUUCCACUUAAAAAAUUUCUUUUUCUCUCUUUGAAGGAUCCUUCCAUGGUGUUUAGAUUCCCUUUUUUAGAAGAAAUUUAAUAAUUAGUUUCACUUUUUUUCCUUUUCUUAGUUGUCUUUUAAAAUGAUUUUAAAAAUCCUCAUAUUUAAAUAAGAAUUUCAGUCUGAAUUAUUUCUUUCCUAAAUUUGCACAUAAUUGUAUUAAAAUAAUUAUAUUAAGUCAAGAUGUAAUUUUCGCUGAUGUAAGAAAUCUUAAACAGGAAAAGUAUGAACAUGAAUGUAAAACAAGGUUGCCAAAGAUAUGAGUUACGAUACCAAACCAAUAUCAAAAAUAUUACAAAAAGUUCUUAUAAAAAGUGAUCAAAUGCCAAAAAAUAUUUAAAUAUGAAAAAAUACUAGUAUUUUAUAUGUUAUGAAAGAUAUAAAAAUAUAUAUAUAAUCUUUAUAGACCGUACAACAUCAUGUAAUGUAAGAAAUGCAUAUAAAAAACCAAUAUCCCUGAAUCUCAAAAAUAUCCUUAAAAAAAAAGAAGUCUGUAACAACCAUAAUAAAUAUUGCAAAUAUCAACAAGAUCUGAGCUUUAAUUAAAUUACACAUUGCCUACUUCAUGUUUUAGUGUAAAUGUAGAAUAUUUCCGAUUGAAAGCCCACCAUGAUAAGAGAUUACUGUAAUUCUUUCAAGUGUUUAUGUGUGUUAAAAUCAAGAAGCUAAUUCUCAUACACUUUGCAUGUAUUAAAUGAUGGUCAAGCCUUUUACUACCACUGGUCAUUGUUAAAUAAAGAAAAGAUACUGAUUUUCUUUCUUUACAAAAAGUAAUGCUUUUAAAUAUUAUGAUCUGUGUUUGUAUCUAAAGAGCUUGUGUCUGGCUUUUAAUUUUGUUUCAUUUUAAGUUGCCCAUAGAUAGCAAUAUAAGAAAACCUUACUCUGUAUUGUAGAUUUUAAAUUGUAAAUCAUGUAUAUGAUCUUUUAACUUUUAUUUGUAGAUAUAAAUAACAUAAAAUGUCGCAUUCACAGAACAUUGUUAAACUGAUGUUUAUUAAAGUUCUAUUUACAAGAAGCCUGACUUUUUGUUCCUCUUGCCACUAGCUCAAAAAUAAAUGUAUUCUGCUUUGGAAAUUAAAUCCUACUGAGGUGAAAAUAUUCACUUAAAGUUAUGAGCCACUUGUGCUGCAAGCUUUUGAUAUCAGGUUAUGCUAUGAUUGUGGGAAGUCAGUAAAAAAGAUAUUUUGCAGUAAAGUAAUCGUAUUUAGUAGAUAUUAAAUGAGUUUAAAUAAAAUAGUAAGUACAAAAAUCUAAAAUUAAAAAAAAAAACUUCAUACUCUUUUCUGUUCUUUUCUACUUGUUUGAAGUACAUUGGCAAGCACUCCCACAGCAUUACAGGCAUUAGUCAUAUCCAAGUAAAAGAUUAUUAUUUUAUAUAUAUAUAUUUAUCAAACCAGGUUUUACUGAUUCAAUAGUUGUAUGUACGUCUCUCUUCAUAAAUGUGUUAUUGAUCACAAAUAUACUUUUUGAAAUUAAUUUUUUAACUAAAAGUAUCUAAGUUAAAACUAACAUUUGACAUUUUUGUUUACUAACACAAUGACACAUGCAUUUAUAGGAAAAUAGUCAUUUAACUAGAGUGUGAUUAAAACAAAUAUUCCUAUUGCAUAAAUAAGCCUCUAAAAUUAAAUAGCUGAUUUAAAAAAUAUUUUCUUCCCUUUAUUUUUUUUUAUUUAUUUAUUAAUUUAUUUAUUAUUAUUUAUUUUAUAAUUCUGAAAUAAUGAACAACAAUUGAACUUAUAAUUUUGCAUAUUAAGGUACAAUGAUAUAUUAUAUAAGUUCAGAUAAAAUCCAAGUUGCCCCUUUUUCCUUUGAAUGAACUUGAAUAAUAAAUUACUUAAGCAAGCAAUUUGAUGAGAAAAAGGAUUUGAAAUUAGAUUUUUAUUUCUUUUAUCUUAUGCUCUUAAUAUUUGGCAUCAUAUAAAUCUACUUAGAACAAUAUUUUAAUAAAUUGAAUAUCUCACUUUUUAGUUAAUAUUGUCAGAACUGCUGGGAGUUUAAUUUGCUAAAAGAAUUGUAGAAUUCACAUUGUUUCAAUAUGUAGGAGAAAAGUUGUUUAAAAAAAAUUUCCUAUUUAUCCUGAUGGCAAAAAAAUAUUAGAUUUUAAAUUGUAGAAAUAUCAGGUAAUUGAUCAAAGUUUUUUGAUUUUCCUUAUAGUGAGCCUGAAAUAAUGUGUACAUGAAUUUUUUAUUAUUUGACCAAAAGUUACUAGAAUAUUAUACACAUUGACGUUUCAUUAUUAACUUGUAAAAAAAAUUUAAUAAGCAUAUGACUUUUAAAUUAUUUGACCAAGAGUUAUUAGAAUAUCAUGCUCAUUGGUGUAUUGUUAUUAACUUGUAAAAAUAAAUAAGAGAAAAAUUUACAUGUUACAAUUUUUUGUGUUUUAUAUUGUUUGAAGCACAAAAUCAUUUGUGUACCAAUUUUUUUGCUCUUGUGUGCAAGCUAAUCAAUGAAAUUUAUAAGUAACUUUGUUGGCGUAUCUUGGGUGUGUCUACUGCAUGAUUUUAAAUCAUGAUAUACAGGUUAAGAAGCUAUGUUUUAGGUUUUGCUAUCUUUUAUCAUAGUUUUCGUAUACUUUCUUGUUUUUAUGCACUAUAAAUAAUUGCAAGAAAUUCGAUAUAGAAAAAAAAAUUUGUACAUACAUUUUGUUAUUUUUCAAAGUAAUGUUUUUUUUUUUUUUUUUUUUUUUUUUUUUUUUUUUUUUUUUUUUUUUUUUNUUUUUUUUUUUUUUUUCGAAUUUUAUAAUUUACAAAAGCUAGUUGGGAGUUAAAUUAAACAUUCCGAUUUUGUUUUUUAAUAUUACUGGACUUUAAUUGAAAGGCUUUUAAUAGUGACAUUUUUUUUUAAUUAAGAUUUCUGAAAGAAACUAUCACAUUUAACAACAGCAUUAAUUUAUUCAAUAGCAAUCCUCAUUGUAUGAUCUUAAAAUCUUCAUAAACCUAUCUCUUCAAUUCGCAUGAUGAGUUUUUUUGGACAUAAUUCUUAAAUCACAACUAAUAAUAUCUGUACAAAAACAAAUACAUUCUUAAUAUAAUUUUAUACCUCUGAAACUUAAAAAAAAAAUUCCGAAUUGGUAAGUAAAUAUUUUUCUGAAACUGCUCAACCACAACUUCGGUUAGUUCAACUACAUUAGUAAUAAUUUUAUUUCUUCUUAUCAUUUUGCUUUGAAGGCAUUAUUUUUGAAAUGCUGAUGUUAAUUAACCUGGUGCCAAAAUCCCAUAUUUGUUACAAAUCAAUUAUAAGGAGUGUUAUAUUGUAUAGAUUGAACCAAAUGGCAUUUUUUAGUCAUAUUGAAACUAGAUAUGAAUUCUAUACUCGGCUUCUAGUUUCUGUUAUAAUAUUCCUAAUUGUGACUGUUAAAAUGAUGUUUUUUCUUUUUGAUAUAAUAAAAUAUAUGACUGUUAA